AUGUUGAUAUCAACGGAAGAAACCAGUAUACAGGACAGUGCUGAGCGGGAAUUCCCAAGGCUAAUUCCACAUCCUCCGAUUCUCCAUCCGAGUAGUCCUGGGGCGAUUCUUGAACCUCCAUUCAGCACUAGUGACUACAUAAUCACCGACAAGCCUUCGUUCUACAAUCCAGAUGGCUCCAUCGUCCAAGGUGAUUUCUCGCCACCACAUCGCUACUCUUUUGUCGACCGGUCAAACCCCUCACGUCCCCAUCACUUCAAGUACAUUGAGCGGGAGGAAGAGUUCUUGUUGUUUCGCCUCUUACCAACCGAGUUGAGACUCAAAAUCUGGUUCUUUGCUCUGCCUGGCCCACGUACUUUAUACCUCAGCUCUCUGGGGCGUAUAUCUUUCACGAGCUACCUCAGCAUAAUCAAGCCUAUCGAUGAGUCUUUCCGCUCCAACCGUAGUUUGGGGCAGCUGCGACUAGUCUGCCAGGAGUCCAAAAAUCUCUUUGACAAUAUGUAUCGUAGGAUCCCGAUUCAUAUCCCGGGCAUGGGCUUUCGGUGGAACAGGACAGCUAUGUCAGAUUACCACUCCGACAUCAGCAAUGGCUUCGACAUCAAUGGCACGCAUAGCUAUAUUGACGAGAAGCGUGAUACGUUGAUUAUUGACCCGAGAGUCAUAUUAUACGCAAAAAUCAAGUCUUUGAUUGAUUUAUCCCGCGUCUCACACUUGGCAAUUGCUCACUAUAUGGUCACGUAUGGCUUAACCAAGGACGAGCCAUUUGCGAACCCCCAAAAGAUCAUCGAGAAGUUGAACCAGUGGUGCCCUAAUCUGAAAACGCUCACUGUCCUAUGGACCAAUCGCGGCUUCGAUAUAGAAAUACCAAACACCAAGUCCAUCCUGCAUUUCCUCGAGAUCGGCGACGACUUCACUUCUUUGCAACUGGAAAGUAUAGAUUACCAGGUCAUUUUCAAUGGCUUCGAUCCGCUAGUCGGUAGGACACAGAAACUCCGCCAAAUCAAGUCCUGGGCGGGCCGUACUCAAGAGGAGCUUCGAGCUGCCAUUGACAGCUCUGGCAAAAAAUCACGCCUCAAGAUCAAGACUUGUAUGCUAGCUAAGAUCGAAGGUCCUUGCUACUAUCCACAGCACAAGUGGCCCAAUACCAUAACGUAUCUUCUGCCGAAGGCCCCACGAUUUUCCAACGUCUGCUACUGGACCGAAGAGCCGCGAUGUGAUAAAUCGGGCAGCUACUUCAUGAGACUUCAUGAUCUUUGGGCCCAGGCCCCUUGUCUUUUCGACGGUUCAAUCAUUCCGCUGGAAGUGGAUGAGGAUCCAUACGAGGGUAUGGCUGCAAUGUUUGCGGGCUGCAAUAGUGGUGGCGAUGAAGAAUGA